UUGUACCAAAUGCGUAUCUUGGCUAGAUAACUUAAUUAACUGGAGGUCCGCGGUUUUCAGGUAACAUAGCCUACGAUAGCUUGCUAGCAACAUACUUGCUCUACAGCUAGCACAAAUAGGCUAUUGCAAUUUGUAUUGAUAGCAUGUUGAAGCGUUGUCGAAGAAUUAACGCGAAACAUGAUAAUAAAGUUAGCUAAAGCAACUCGGCCUCAUCCAACCCUACCGAUUUCAGACUGAAUGCGUAUUGCACGUGUAAUCUGGCAAAUUCACAGCCUUUAAAUUAAUUGUUUUUUUCGUGGACUGUAUUGGGGUCUCAAAACCUGUCUAAGCAUUUUUUUAAUCGUGGUCAUAUUGAGCAGCGAAAAACAGUAACCAGCGACACAGGUAACACUGCAAAGAAACUGUCAUAAUCCAGCUAGUUAGCCAUCUAUAUUCCCGAUGACAAGGUGCAUUCAAGGGAGGACCAUCUGUCUCCCCAACUAUGACAGAAAAUAAUUAAGUGGUCCUUUAAGACCCAGCAGACAUCCAUAUUGAGCUCAACUCUAAUCCCUAUGAUGUAGUACACCGAGCGCAAGUGACGUACUUGCGGCCUCCGUACACAGGAGUUGUAAGCUCCUUUGCUGAGUCGGGUGGUAAUCUUUAUUGUAACAAAAGAUGGACUGAAGCGUCCUUAGCUGGAUGCGUGUCCGUGAUUUCGUGCAUUGCUUCGUAAUAUGUAUCCUGACCAGACCAAGGUUGAGCUUGCUGUAGGCAGAUUCGGUUUCCGAGGCCUGAUUCGGCCGGAGCACCACGAGUAGUGCGCCGGUAUGCAAAUGCAGGGGCUGUGUCUGUGUUUGCUGUAACUUUGCCUGUUUUCUGCAUUGGCGCGCGUGUCUGGGUCGUAUUAUUCUUGUUCGCUUGCAUUCAGUCCCAUUUUGACUAUUAUGUUAGCAAAUACGCGGGGAUUCUUGUGGUCAGAUUUGGAGACCAGAGCGUUGCUGGAUAUUUGGGGCGAGCAGGAUGUGCAGACGGCGCUGGACGGAAACUUUCGGAACAGUCAUGUCUACCGCGACGUAGCAGGCAGAUUGGGAGAAAUGGGCUUCGAAAGGACACCGGAGCAGUGUAGGAUACGCGUGAAGAGUUUGAAAAGGCAAUACUACCAGGCGAAGGAAGGCACGAAGAAAAACGGACAGUACCACAAAAUCUGCAAGUUUUACGACGAGAUGGAGAGGAUCCUGAGCAACCGACCUCACAUUGAUCCUCAGGACAUGAUGGAUAGUUCUGCCAUUGGGGACGAAACCAUGGACGGCACAGAAGAGGACGGUGAAGUAGGUAUCGACCAUCCGCAGGAAGCUUACGUGGAGAGCACCGGCGAAUGCUCCUAUGCCGAACACCCUGUCAAGUUGGAGUACCCCUCCCUCCCUAUUCCAGUAACAGUGGGAAACAGUGCGACUCCAAGACAGAACAACAUCCAGAGCACCAGCAGCCUGUCAGGCACCAGGUCCAAGCGCUCCAAGAAGCGUUACACCAACCUGUCCCUGGACAAGCUGAUGGAGAAGUUCCUGGAGCAGAGCAUGGAGGCGGAGGAGAACUUCUAUAAGUACGAGGAGCAGCGACUUCGAGUCGAGGACAGGAGGCGGGAGGCGGAGCACUCCCGCGAGCUCCAGAUGCUCCAGGUGUUGGGCCAGAUGUUUGCCGGGAUCAGCAGCCCCACGGCCACGCCCGCGCCCCCAACCCCCCACUCGCACCCCUCACAGAUGGCCCCCCCCUCCGCCCCAACGCACCCCCCGCACGUUCACCACCGCCCCGCCGACCACCCCAACCGCAGCAUGGCGUCUGCCCCCACCCAUCCACUAGUUAUCGAGCGGUCGUUCUCCCUGGGCAGCGCGAUGCAGAGGAACACGGAGAACCUCCUCCCCCUGGUGAGGAACGUCAUCCCGCCUCUGACCCCGAAAAAGCACAAGGGGCAGGAUGGCCGGGUCGGGAUCGUCGGCGGUUGUCGAGAGUACACGGGAGCACCUUAUUUUGCUGCAAUCUCAGCUCUAAAAGUGGGGGCAGAUUUGUCUCACGUGUUUUGUACCAAAGACGCUGCCACCGUGAUCAAGUCCUACAGUCCUGAGCUGAUCGUGCACCCAGUAUUAGACAGCUCCAAUGCAGUGGAGGAGGUGGAGAAAUGGCUGCCCAGACUGCACAGUGUUGUGGUUGGACCCGGUUUAGGGCGAGACGAUAAGCUUCUUAAAAACGCCAAGGAAAUCAUAGAAAAAUCCAAAGCCAGAGAUAUUCCUAUAAUUAUCGAUGCGGAUGGCCUUUGGCUUGUUGCCCAGCAACCAUCCGUCAUCCAGGGUUACCAGAAGGGCAUCCUCACGCCCAAUUUCAUGGAGUUCAGUCGGCUGUACGAAGCAGUGCACCACGAGCCCCUGGACAGCAGAGACAAUCAGAGAAGUGCCAUGCAGCUGAGCGCGGCCCUGGGGAACCUGACCAUCGUGCUGAAGGGGGAAGAGGACAUCAUCACCGACGGCAACAGAGUGGUCGUGUGCAAACAGGAAGGCAGCGGUCGCAGGUGUGGGGGGCAGGGUGACCUCCUGUCGGGGGCUCUGGGAGCGCUGGCCCACUGGGCCUUCUCCUCCUCUGCAGAGACUUUGAAAAGCACAAGCCCCCCGCUGGUCGCGGCGUUCGGAGCGUGCACCCUGACCAGGCAGUGCAACCGGCAGGCCUUCCACAAGCACGGGCGGGCCACCACCACCUCGGACAUGAUCCAGGAGAUCAGCAGCGCCUUCAAGACCCUGUUCGAGAGCUGAGCCAGGGAGCGCGGGGGACCGUUCCCGGUCUCCUCCUCCCUCCCUCCCUCCCUCCUACCCGGCCGCCAAUGUAGUUGUGCAAGCUCUCCGACGCCACCCGGCCGUAGCCAACGUGUGAAGAUGGGGAAUAGCCGCGCCUGAAGUCGUUACGCGCUUUUCAAGACCCUUUAGCAGUAGAAUGUCUGAACCUCACAAAGAAACCAAGUAAGGAAAAAAAAUAUAUAUACCUGGAGAACUGCAAAGGUUUCUGAACUGCAGCCAACCUGAAUAUAGCAGAACCAACUUUUAAAUGAUUAAUCUUCAGGCGCUUACAUUAAAGUUAAGGGCUUCCUAGCCUUUUGGUUUUUUUGGUGCAUUUGGUUUCAGUUCCCCUCCCGAAGGAAGCACCGUCUACUGUAACACCAAACCUACUGAAGAGCAUCUUUAUUCUUCGUUGUACACUGGACUGACCGUUUGUGUUUCAAGUGCCUCAUGCCUUAGCGACCAGCAUUACGCGACAUUGGAAGCGCAUUCAGGUGCAUUCUCUCGGCUCCAGGUCGACUGGUGGGGACCGUCCCCAAUUGACCUGUUUUCAGAAGCCUUCACCCCUCCUCAUGUUCAGCAUCACUCAAGAGACGCUCAUUGAGUGUCACGAAGGUGAAGACAGUGGAUGUUCCCACGUCCCCCAAAGCUCAUGGCCAGGUCUAGUCUUCCGCACCAGACGAGCACUGGCUGACUGGAAGACGUGCAGCACAAAGCCUGUGGCAUUAUGGGAAAUUAAUUUUUGUCCAUCCAAUCUAGCCAUGACAAUCACUGUUAAACCUUUGCAGUUGUCCAAUACACAUACGAAGCAAGAACAUGUAAAUGAAGUCAUGUAGCACUGUGUAACACAGUUUGUUCCUUUUUUAACCCCUAAUCUCUCGGUAUUAAAGGAGUUUUGAAAAUGG